UCAAGUCUUCUUUUAGUUUCGCAGUAGAAUUUCCUGUGUGAUUAUAGAAUCUCAAAUUUAAUUGAUCCGAGCUGUUUACUUUUUUCUUUGCUGUCAUUUACAUCAAUGCACCAAAACAACAGAGAUCACCAUUACAUGUACAUCAAAGAUAAUAUAAUGAAGUACCAAGUUUUGAUGCUGUAAUCCAAAAUCAGAGAUUCGCUAGCUGCUGAUGUUCAAAGGAGAUUCAACAGGAGUAGCCGUGUUGCCAUAGAGAAGAGCAGAGCAACGGACCUAAAAUGGCAGCAUUUAUUGCUAAGCAGAUGGUUGGCAACCAGUUAAAGUCAGUUAAAGUGAAUUUCUUUGCCUGAGAUUGUACACAUGAGAACCAACCAAAAAAAUAAAUACCAUCAUAAUUAUAGUGGAAAAUUCAGUCAAUUGUUUCAAAAGCCACAUCAAAAACAGCUUUACCAGAAGAUAGAAUUCUGUGAACUACAUAAUUAUACUGAACAACUUGAGCCAUAACAAGAAAAAGAUAUGUGGUCCCAAGUAACUGGUGCCAUAGGUGGAGGGGACAAGGAGGGGGAGGGGGAGAACAAGGAAGAUGCUGGGGGAGGAGGGGAGGAUCCAGAGGUGGAGGAAAUGCGGAGAGAGGCCGAGAGGAAGCGCAAGGAGAAGCACGAAAAGGCAGAGGCCGAACGCGAAGAACUACGGCAGUCUAUCCGAGAUAAGUAUGGAUUGAAGAAGAAAGUUCCCGAGGAGGAGAACAUGAUGAUGAACAAUGACGACGGAGGAAGGGUGGGGAGGAAGAAGAAGACGCCGGCCGAACUGGCGGCCGAAGCCAACGCAGACUCGGACGACGACGAGUUUACAAUGCCAAAAAAUAUGGAUGAACUGAAAAACAAAGUGCAGGACAUUCCACAAAAACUGGCGCAAAGUGUUGGUGAAGUGACUGAAAAGUGUUCUCUGCAGUAAAUAAUACUGUUGAUUGGUUCAUGUAAGUCACAUGACGUUAUAUUGAUGAUUUGGUUGGUCUGUUGUUGCGGUCACUUAAAGCACUGAAAUUCUGAAUCCACUCUGUUUGGUUCUAUAGGAUCACUUGUUUAUUUUCUGUAGACAUUGCUUGUUUUGAAGAUGUUGUGUGUAUAUAAUCCUAAUGCAUGGAGUAUGUGUUCAUAGAAGUAGAGUAGCUGUAUUGGUUGGUUUCUAUAGUUUCGAACCACGCACCAUUAUUCACGUUUUGUUUGCCACCUUUCCAUUUCUUUUGGACGGGAGCAUUCCGUUUUCUCUUGUUCUUUGUCUUGGUCAUAAUGUUUAAUGCAUUCAAACAUAAAUUGAAAUAAGGUUAACAAUAAGUUCCCUUUACUAGCUGUUAUAUCGGAUGAAUUUGUACUGUAAAGAAUUUCUCUAACAAUGUAUUCUAAAGCUACGACGUUGAUGCCUGGAUUUUUCUAUAAACACCGUCUUGUUCAACAUGCAUCUAUGGCAACAAGAUUCCUUCCCUUUUUAGCGUGAUUCCUUAACUGUUCUGUGGGCUUGUAAACUGGUAAAUGAGGCAAAUAUCUAUCAACUCAUAUAAUAUGAAACAUCUACAGCAAAUAUCAACAUCGAAGUAUGUUUAAUUUUAAGUUGAUAUGGUGCAGACAUCUUAUGGAUUGUUGCACUUUCUCCUUUUUAUAUUUGGAGCGUUUCCUUGCAUGGCUGUGCCCGUCUUUGUGGAAUGAUCUAGCAAAAUAAAAAUGGCGAUCCAUUAGAACAAAGAGGUUCUUCAAUUUUGUUUAACCCACCUGUGCUUUUUCUAAUACAGAUUCUUCCAAGAUCGUGUGUGACAUAGUACUCCAUAUUGGGAAAUUCCGCAAUAUGGCGGCAGCACGUGUGUGACAGUAUAUCAUAUGCAUUAUGCUUUGGCAGAGCAAUCCAUAUUAAUAGUGUGUCAGGUGUAUAUAAUGUACUUUAGUAUGCAAUACAGAUUGUAAAUAUGUUGUCUUAAACAGUAGAUGUAGGAGCGCACAACUCAAAGGGCAAAAACUAUACAUUUAUAUAAAAGAAAUUUUAGAAGCAGUAUUUGUUAAGUUUAAACUAUUUUUUUACUAUAACGCUAACGCCCAUUGUACGUAUAUCGCGGUGCACUUUCUGCGUUUGACUAUUAACUUGUUUUAGAUACCAGCAAUGAUCCUUUCUGUCCAUUCGUUGUUAAACAGAUUUUUCAUCUAUUUACUUUCGUUUUUUGGUAAGUCUGUUCCUUCUAAUUGUGCAGAUUUUUUCACAAUUUUGUCAUUUUGCAAACAUUUUUUGAACAUAGCAUUAACUAUAAGUAUUGUUAUUAUUUUUUUAAUCAAUCAUUUUUUUUAUUUUGAUUUGUUUAUGAUGAUUAUACAUGUGAUAUUGUUUGCACUACAUUCCAAUGUUUUUUCUUCUUUUUUCUUGGUCCACAUAUAUUUAUAUUCAAAUUCCGUAUAAUAUCAAAAUACUUGACCAAUUUUCAUUGCAAAUAGAGUCAAAUUUCUUUUGUUAAUAAAUCGGCUCUGAAUUACUUAACAGAAAUCUUAAUGUAUCUUUAAAAACGGCAUAUUUGCUGGAAUAAAAUCCUUACAUCUUUGAUGUACACGUCGUUCAUGUUUUGUCAGGAUUAGAAAUCGUUCCGUUUAUUAAGACUUGAGAAGUUCCAAUUUAUGUUGUGACCAUAGAUCUCAGGACACGCUUUUUUCAUGAAACGUUUUAAACUUUUUCUUUGUUUUCAUGACAUUUUAUUGAUAUUCUAUUGUAACAGCAUAAUAAAUGGUUUUGUUUGUUUUUGACAUGUUUGUUAUAUUUUGUUUUGUUGUGAAAUUGUUAUUUUGUAAAUUAUGUUCGAUGUUAACAUAUUUUUUUCUUAAGAUGGCAUCAAUUUUGGGGAUUUCUUUAAGACUUGUGUGCAUUAAAACUUAAUUACCAACACUGUUUAUCUAGUACUUUGUAUUUAUGCCCUAUUCCGUUAUUUGUAAAAAAAAAAAAAAAAGACAACUCUUUAAAAUCUAAUUGAGAGCAUGGUUACUUAUCGUUUAAGGUUCUGCUUUUAUCGUAAAUGAAUUGCAAAAUUUCAAAUGAAGGUAUGUUUAUGAAUAUGUUUACGUUGUUAACCCUGUGACAAAGGUGAUUAACAUAAAUUAUUUAAAUUUCGGGCGUUAUGCAAUGCAUAUUCAACAUCAGACAUUGUUCUGAAUUGCAAUACAUGUGACUAUAUAUUGAUUAGAUACUCCUCUCACAAUACCACCAAUUUGUAAUGACAUUACAUGUACCAAAUGCAGUUAUCAAGUUAGCUUAUAUUAUGUAUUGUGAUAUGGUUCUCGUAUUGUUUGAAGACAUUAUAUAAAGCAUAUGCCAUUUAUGUAUGACAUAGAUUUUGCUGUAAUGACUUACCUUUACCUGAACCGAUGCAUGAGUUUGAUCUGUGUAUUAGUGAAUGGAGCCUGUUAGCAGCCGCUUCUGGUUGAGUUUUUGUAGAGCCUAGGCUGUUUAGCAGAUAAUAUGUCUAUAAUGUAUAGUUGUUCUGUAAGGAUUUUUCCAAACAAUCAGUAGAAAGUUGUUAUUGAUGAAUUAAAUAAUUCAACAAAAA